AUGGGAUCUUGGAAAUGGCCUGGAUCUCGAUACGAGGAUCAAGAGUCUACACAACCAAAGCUUGUGGUGCUACGGUCUUCGCGGUGCUUUAUUAUAGUUGUGGUGUCGUUCGCUGCUGCGACGGAUGUCUUCAUGUAUGGCCUGAUCGUGCCAGUCACGCCCACUGCGCUCCAAAUUAGAGUAGGGCUUUCUAAGGGAAGUGUCCAAGCCUGGGCUUCGAUUCUUCUGGCUUUAAACGCGGCUGCUCUGUUGGCCUUCUCACCUAUUUUCGGGUAUAUUGCCGAUCGAUCAGAAUCUCGUCGAUGUCUUUAUCUACUUGGCCUGGUUGCGCUGGGCGUAGCGACGGCCUUGCUAUGUGCCGGCACAAAUAUCGGUCUUUGGAUUGCUGGUCGGAUAUUUCAGGGUGCUGCGGCCGCAGUGGUUUGGGCGGUUGGAAUGGCGCUCAUGGUUGAUACCGUUGGUAAAGACGGAUUUGGUCAAGCUGUUGGCUAUGUGUCAAUGGCUGUUAGCUUCGGAACAGUGGCUGGGCCUCUUCUCGGUGGUGUUCUUUAUCAAUAUGGCGGAUACUAUGCAGUCUUUGGUCUUGCCUUUGGAUUUAUCGGGCUUGAUAUCUUCCUUCGGUUGAUGCUAAUCGAGAGAAAACAUGCGAUCAAGUGGCUUGUGCCAGAGACAAGGCCGCUCACAACUGAGCAGGAAGCGACGGAAAAAAGAGCAGGAGAGAACCCAUCAAGUCUGCUGUCUUCUAGUGAUUCCUAUCAUAAUGGAGGCCCCCAAACAGAUCCUUCUUCACGAAAUGCGCUAGGGCGCGUCGCUUUUCUCUUAAGCUCACCCCGUCUUAUCGUGUCCCUCUGGGGCAAUUUCAUUAUUACGCUAGUUCUGGCCUCGUUUGACAGUGUCCUACCACUAUUCGUGCAAGGGAUAUUCGGAUGGCAGCAAAGUGGCCAGGGUUUGAUAUUCAUCCCACUCAUGGUACCACAUGUGCUAUGCCCAGUAACCGGAUUGGUCAUCGAUAAGUUCCCGCGUGCUUGUCGCUACAUUACCGCCGGGGCAUUCUUAUUUUCCGUGCCCGUAAUGGUUCUUCUACGGCUUAUCACAGAGAAUUCCAUGCGUCACAAGAUUCUGCUGUGUGCUCUGCUCGCUCUGCUCGGCCUCUGCUUUUCUGUGGCAAUUCCCCCUCUAUAUGCGGAGGUUUUCUAUGCCGUGAAACAAAAUGAGGAUCAAACCCCUGGAAUAUUUGGUCGCGGUGGAGCUAUGGCUCUGGCUUUUGGUCUAUCCAACAUGGGAGCUGCCACUGGGUACCUUAUCGGGCCGUUCUUCGCUGGCUUUAUUCGUCAGCAGGCUAGUUGGGGAACUAUGGGCUGGGCGUUAGGAUUGCUGGCUGGCGUAUCGUCAAUUCCGACCUUGCUUUUUCUAGGAGGCUGGAUCUUGAGGGAGCCUGUGAGGUCGGAAGUUGAGUCUCGGCUUUCAGAUACAGCCUCUGGUUCUUAG